AUUCGGCACGUACCCGACUACUGGCAGCCUAGGAACGGCGGCUCGGGUGGGAUCCAGAGUGGUGUCCAGAGCGGCCAUCAGAGUCGUGCUCUCAGCCCGAGCUACCUGGACAAUAUGAGUGAGACCUCGGAGCAACCGCCUGUUGUGCCUCUGGUGCGCUCCAAAUCGCGGCCGGAGAUUUCUAGUGCGGCGGCCUCCCGCUACUCCAAUCUCUCCUACUGGAAGGCCCGGCGCGUGGUUUUCUACCGCAACGGGGACCCGUUCUUCCCCGGGGUGGAGCUGCGCUAUAGACCCGGCCGCGAUGUGACGUCGCUGGACAACCUGCUGGACAAGAUCUCGCCCAAGAUGGAUCUGCCGCGAGGGGCACGCUAUGUCUUCUCCAUGGACGGCGACCGAAAGUAUCAUCUGGACGAGCUGGAGGAUGGCGCCUUCUAUGUGGUCUCCUCGUUCAAGGCGUUCAAGCCUGCCAGUUACGGCAAGAAGAACGGGAUGUGGUAUGCAUCGCCUGGAAAUCAGGGCUGGGGCUCCAAGCCCGCCAGUCGGAAGCCCUCAAUAAUGGAAGCGGAUUUGGGCACAUUAUCGACCACAUCAGGCUCGAUAAAGCGCAGUGCCGGCCGUGUGAUACGCAUCAUCAAUAAUUUGGAUCAUUCGGUGCAGUGUCGCGUUUUGUUGAACCUACGCACCUCGCAGCCAUUCGAGGAAGUUCUCGAGGAUUUGGGUCAAGUGCUGAAAAUUAACGGAGCAAAGAAAAUGUACACAGGCACUGGCCAGGAGGUUCGCAGUUUCUCCCAGCUGCGGAACGAGUUCGCCGACGUGGACACCUUCUACCUGGCCACGGGGACUGCUCUGAUUGCCGGCUCGCCCAUCAGACGGUCGCGCUCGAGACCCUCGGUGGUGGCCGCCGCCCCCAUACUGCCCACGGAUGAACUGCCCAAGGUGCCGUUGCGUGGGGCAAGGCCGAGGAGCAAGAGUCGCCCGCGAAUACUGUAUGCGCCGGAAAGUGAGAUCCUGCGCCCGAACGGGGAGUACACCAUGCUGGACAUCAUGAAGGAGGAGCCCACCAAGGUUACGAUCAGGGGCUUGAGGCGUACCUUUUAUCCGCCCGUUCACCAUGCGCCGGCUGACAAUUCGCCGCCGGACAAAAAGUUGCAGCUCCAAUGGGUCCAUGGAUAUCGUGGCAUCGAUGCUCGCCGGAACCUUUGGGUUUUGCCCUCCGGGGAGCUGCUCUAUUACGUGGCCGCUGUGGCCGUGCUAUUCGAUCGGGACGAGGAUGCCCAGCGCCACUACACCGGCCACACUGAAGAUAUUAUGUGCAUGGAUGUGCAUCCCUCCAGAGAGCUGGUGGCCUCGGGCCAAAAGGCUGGGCGGGAUCGCAAGUCGCAGGCGCAUGUCCGGAUCUGGAGCACAGAGUCCCUGCAGACACUCUACGUCUUUGGCAUGGGCGAACUCGAUAGUGGCGUCACUGCCGUGGCAUUCUCGCAGCUGAACGGAGGCAGCUACAUCCUCGCCGUGGACAGCGGCCGAGAGAGCAUCCUGUCCGUUUGGCAAUGGCAAUGGGGUCACCUGCUGGGCAAAGUGGCCACGCUGCAGGAGGGCCUGUCGGGCGCCGCAUUCCAUCCGCUAGAUGAUAAUCUCAUCAUCACACACGGGCGAGGCCACCUGGCCUUCUGGCAUCGACGCAAAGAUGGAUUCUUCGAGCGCACGGACAUUGUCAAGCAGCCAUCGCGUUCGCAUGUAACGAGCGUUCAAUUCGAGCCGGACGGCGAUGUCAUAACGGCCGACUCGGAUGGCUUUAUCACCAUCUACUCUGUGGACUCCGAUGGCGCGUACUUUGUCCGCACCGAGUUCGAGGCCCACAACAAGGGCAUCGGCUGUCUGAUCAUGCUGGGAGAGGGAACGCUGCUGUCGGGCGGGGAAAAGGACCGGAAGAUAGCUGCCUGGGACUCCCUGCAGAACUACAAAAAGAUAGCCGAUACUAAGCUUCCCGAAGCCGCUGGCGGCGUGCGAACCAUUUAUCCUCAGCGUCCUGGGCGAAACGAUGGCAACAUCUACGUGGGCACAACCCGCAACAACAUCCUCGAGGGCUCGCUGCAGCGCCGCUUCACCCAGGUGGUCUUUGGACAUGGCCGGCAGCUCUGGGGUCUGGCUGCGCAUCCGGAUGACGAGCUUUAUGCGACGGCUGGCCACGACAAGCAUGUGGCUCUGUGGCGCAAGAACAAACUGAUCUGGACCAUUCAGACGGGGUACGAGUGUGUGGCGUUGGCCUUCCAUCCGUUUGGCACUCUUGCUGCGGGCAGCACUGAGGGCCAUCUGCUGGUCAUCAAUUGCGAGAACGGAGCGGUUAUGCUGACGCUUCGCGUCUGUGGUUCGCCCCUCAACUGUGUGGCCUACAAUCAGGUUGGGGACAUGAUUGCCAUGGGCUCACAGAACGGCAGCAUUUACCUCUUCCGCGUCUCGCGCGACGGUUUUUCCUACAAGAAGGUCAACAAGAUACGCGGCUCCCAGCCCCUGACUCACCUGGACUGGAGCAUGGACGGCAACUUUGUGCAGACGGUGACAAUUGACUUCGAUCUGCUGUUCUGGGACGCCAAGUCGCUGUCGCCGGAACGAAGUCCCAUUGCCAUGAAGGAUGUCAAGUGGCUGACCAACAACUGCACUGUGGGCUUCCUGGUGGCUGGCCAGUGGAGCAAUCGGUACUACAGCAGCACCAGCACCAUUGUAGCCACCUGCAGUCGCUCGGCCGCACACGAUAUGCUCGCCUCCGGCGAUGCCGAGGGAUAUUUGCGUUUGUUCAGGUAUCCGUGCAUCUCGCCGCGCGCCGAAUUCCACGAGUCGAAGGUGUACUCUGGCAUGCUGGCCUGCGCCCGGUUCCUGUGCGGGGAUCACACCCUCAUCACGGUCGGCGGCACAGACGCUUCGCUCAUGGUGUGGGAAAUUGUCGAGGAAUAGCUGAAAUGGCCACCGUGGCGCACCACUGCCCAGUACGAGUCGUGCUACACGGAUUACUGGAACCGGAAUCGGCGCACAUCGAGGGUCUCCUCCACAUUGCUGGACAGUGACUCUGUCGACUAUCAGUAACUCCGUUGCAAUCGACUCGAUUCUGGACAGUGUUCUGCUUGCUAGAGAUUCAAACAAACAAAAAACAAUUGGCCAGCAUUCCGUUUUGGUUUUAGAUGAACGAAGCAUUAAUAUUAGAUAAUUGCACAUUAAUACGAAAGAAAUUCCAAUUAAACAUUUUCGAGACGUUUUUGAACAGAGAAAACCCACGAGCAAACCGCACACGAAUCGGCUUCCACUCCGAGAAUCUUCCGUUAGUCUUGCCAUCUGCAUUUGUCCCUGCCUUCCCCAUUCGAUUAAACAACUAAAACUAACUCUAAAUGCCACUGGUGGAUACUACAACUACAACUAUAACUUUACGAAGCGAACAGCCGCAGUCAAAGCCCGACAAACUAUACUUCAUCUUCCACAAAGUCUAUAUCUCGGCGUAUCGGUGGUACCUUCCCCGAACAAAUGCAAAUGCAAAUGCAGUACGAGUAAGUGACAAACAGACAUAGACAUGCAUCUCACCACACACACACUCAAACAUACGGAUAAUGAAAACCAAGAAGUGCACUUCCCACUUAUACAUACAUAUAUACUUACAUGUAUACAUAUAUCGAAUGUGUAUUGUUAAAGCAACUUUUAUCAUAAGCGUUGAAAUAA